UCUUGGUGAAGCUAACAUCAUGGAAGAAUGGCAUCAAAAUUUUCUGCUACAGCAGCAGUUGAUGCAGCAGCAACAGCAGCAACAACUACUGCUCCAACCGCUGCACCAACAGCCGAUGCAUCACCAACAACCAAUGUUGCACCAGCAGGCAAUGAUGCAUCAUCAACCUACGCUGCAUCAACAGCAGGCUGCAUUAAUGAUGCAGCAGCAGGCAACAAUGAUGCCAUACCAGUAUUCAGGCAUGCCAGCAUUCAGCCAUACCACUGUUCGACAGCCUCGCUAUCCGCUUGCAAUGUACGAGAAUGAACCAGUUCAGUGGCAUUCACCAGUGACUUAUGAUCAUCCUUUCCCUCAUGCACCAAAAAUUAAAACUGAACAAGCUGUUGAUGUCAAGACAGUAAAAGUAGAAGAAAUAUCUGAAGAAAAUUUUAAGUUUCAUGAACAAAACCAGAUACCAAAGAGAGAUGAAGGAGAGGUGGAGAACGCAAAGAGAGCUUCAUCAGCUGAAAAAUUGAAGCUUGACGACCAAAUUCAGAAAUUUAAGAGAGAUGAAGAAGAGAUCGAAAACACAAAGAGGGCUUUGUCAGUUGAAAAGACGAAGUUUGAAGAAGACAGAGAGAAAUUAAAGAGAGAUGAAGAAGAGAUCGAAAACACAAAGAGAGCUUUGUCUGUUGAAAAGAUGAAGUUUGAAGAAGACAGAGAGAAAUUAAAGAGAGAUGAAGAAGACAUAGAAAAGAGACAGAGAGCUUUAUCAGCUGAAAAGAUGAAUAUUGAAGAGCAAAUUCAGAAAUUUAAGAGAGAUGAAGAAGAGAUCGAAAACACAAAGAGGGCUUUGUCAGUUGAAAAGACGAAGUUCGAAGAAGACAGAGAGAAAUUAAAGAGAGAUGAAGAAGAGAUCGAAAACACAAAGAGAGCUUUGUCUGUUGAAAAGAUGAAGUUUGAAGAAGACAGAGAGAAAUUAAAGAGAGAUGAAGAAGACAUAGAAAAGAGACAGAGAGCUUUAUCAGCUGAAAAGAUGAAUAUUGAAGAGCAAAUUCAGAAACUUAAGAGGGAUGAAGAUGAGAUGGAAAACACAAAGAGAGCUUUUUCAUUUGAAAAGAUGAAGAUUGAGGAGCAAAUUCAGAAACUUAAGAAAGAUGAACAAGAGAUGGAAAACACAAAGAGAGCUUUAGCAGUUGGACAGAUGAAGAUUGAGGAGCAAAUUCAGAAACUUAAGAAAGAUGAACAAGAGAUGGAAAACACAAAGAGAGCUUUAGCAGUUGAAAAGAUGAAGUUUGAAGAAGACAGAGAGAAAUUAAAGAAUGAUGAAGAAAACUUUUUAAUAACCAAAAAUGAAUUUGAAGAAUAUAAGACCAAGAUUGAAAGGCAGUUAGAUUCGGAGAAAGAGCAGCUGCAGGAGUACAUAGAUGAGGUCGGAGAAGAACUUAAGUUUGAAAAAAACACGAUUGAAGAUUUACGAAAAAAACUGAUGUUGGAGCAGGAGCAAGCAAAGCAGGAUCAGAAAAAAACAAAGCGAGGAAGUCCGGAUCAGGAUGACGACGAUAUUGAUGAUGAUGAUGAAGAUGAUGAAGAUGAUGAAAACGAGGCUUUGGAAGAGGAGGGGAUUAGUAAGUCCAACCCUGCUUACAAUCAAUUCCUUGCAGACCUUAAGACAAGAUUGGAAAAAAACAAAAAGGUUGAGGAUUCUAAAGCUGAGCAACAGACUAAAGUAAAAACCCGCAGCAAGAAGAAGGCUGAUGCAGAUGAUGAAGAAGAUAGUGGGCCUGCCAAAAAGGGGCGAGGAGCAGGAACCUCUAGUGGAGACUCAGGUAUAGUUGAUUUGACAAAUGAGGAGCUGCCAAAUUUUAGUGGAGAGCUUCAGAUUCCGGACGAUGAAUCAGAAGAUGAGGAUGAUGAAGCAAGGGAAAAAAAGAUAAGAGACCAGAUGUUGCAGGAACUAAAUACAAUGCCACCUGACAUGCUAUUGCAAGACAAUGAAAGAGACUCGCUGCGAAUGGAGGCCAUCGCUCUUUUAAAUGAAGUGAAGAGCUCUGAGUGUAAAAUCCACCUUAAAAAUAUUUUGUCACGGAAGGUAAAGAACGACCGGAUGGAUCUCUACAUUCAAACCAACUUACGGCAAGGGGAUUCUGGCUUUGGGCCAUUGAAUCCCUUUCAGGAUUUGACUGAUCAGUUCCUUACCAUAAUUGAUGACUACUUCCCCAAAGAAGCUCCAUUUGUUAAAUUAGAUGUACUUAUUCCUGAAGCCAUUAUUUAUGCUUACCAGGCAGUGCAUAAGUGUUCAUAUGAAGACGCAGAUGAGAAGGUUUUCGAGAACCUAAAAUUUUAAGUUUUACUGACAACCAGAUGAAAUCCAAAAUCUGAGGAACUGGUUAACUUCAAGAAAGCGAUGGAACACCUCUACAGUAUGGAAUCAACAAUACAGAAAAUUUGAGUCUUUGUUUAUUAAAAUGUGCUGUGUCCCCUAAAAUUCUUCGUUCUCAGGC